GUUUCAUUUCUAAUACCUAUUUAGAGAAACAAGGCCCACUAAAUCCGUGAUUGAGCUCCUUUAACCUUCACAGAUGCGUGACGCGGUGUAAUAAUUAACAUCGUUAACUCUGUGUACGUUUUUCUUUGAAUUUUAACAAAGCGGAAAGUGAGUUUCCGUACCUGCACAAAAGGGUCUCAGGGUGACAAGAAAUUUCACGGAAAUCGGAGUUCGUCGGAGUCGUGAAAUACGGAUUCAUCUACUCACUGAUCAGUGUUGGUCGGCCAAAGAACAAAUUAUCGACGGGGCGAUGUGGAUAUGGCACACGACACGCACUGGGCGCACAGAAUACUAUUUGUUCUUCUCGUCAUUUACGUAGUCGCCACUUUCAUUCACUUUAUCGUUCCCUGCAGUACUUGGAAAAACAGCUUCGACUAUUUACGUCAAAUAGUAGUCGUCGAGGGAAACAAAACAAGCAAGUCAUCACAAACAAAAUCUAUGAAGCCAGAAAAGCAACUCGACGUCUGCUCGCGACUGAUUGAAGGGGAUUUGGCGGAAGUGCAGAGAUCAGUUAAUAGGAGCAGACGGCAGCCCAGAAGAGUGAAGCUUCUAGAAACAUAUCCGUCCUACACUGAAGACUGCAGCGCAUAUGUGAAUGAAAUGGGCUUUAUUACAAAUGGUGUAUCUGGAGAAGAGAAAGAGUUUCCAAUUGCGUUCACCAUCCUGGCUUACAAGCACGCAGAACAGGUGGAGCGCCUCCUGCGGGCCGUGUAUCGUCCUCACAACGUCUACUGUGUCCACGUCGACAGCAAGGCACCGGCCCUGUUCAAGGACGCCAUUAGGUCGAUCGUCAAGUGCCUGCCCAAUGUGUUUCUCGCUCCCAGAUCAAUCAACGUGGUGUGGGGCACGUACUCCGUCUUGGAACCUGAACUGCUGUGCAUGGACCGUUUACUGAAGCACAGGGUGAGGUGGAAGUACCUCAUCAACCUCACCGGUCAGGAAUUCCCGCUGAGGACGAACCGCGAGCUGGUCACGAUCCUGCAGAUAUACAGAGGUGCUAAUGACAUUUCCGGAGGCUAUAAAAGAGCAAACACUCACCGAUGGAAGAACAUUGAUCAAGUGCCUCACGGGAUUGUUCCGAGGAAAGGUUCCGUCCAUAUAGCGGCGUCGCGCGGCUAUGUCCAGUAUGUGAGGAGCAACAAAACCGCCAUGGACUUCCUGGACUGGGUUAAGAAAACAAAAGUACCUGAUGAAACAUUCUUUGCAACGUUCAAUUAUAAUCCACACUUGAAGGUUCCUGGCUCCUAUAAAGGCGAGGUGGACGACGGGAAACGGGUAUAUCUGACACGGUACAAGGUUUGGCUGGCUUUGAAAGACGUCGAGUGCCAUUCGGCUAAAUACGUUCGCGAGGUCUGCAUCUUCGGAAUCGGCGAUCUACACACACUGACCACGGUGCCGCACUUGUUUGCCAACAAGUUUCACUGGGAGUUUCAGCCUCUUGUACUCGACUGUCUGGAGAAAUGGUAUUUUGACAAGGUGUCAGCUGAAAAAAGAGGAAUAUUCACGUUUAAUACAACAAUAUACGAACAAAGACAUUUUAUAAAGAACGCCUUCAUAUGACCAUGAUAUCCUGUGCGAUCUAUACAAAUAUGUAUGAGAUUUGAAGUCCAAUAUCUGGAAAUCUAAAACAAGUGAAAUCAUCAGUUGGUGAAUGCUAUGGCUUUCUCUUGUGUUGUAUCCAAUCUAGGAAUGAUAUAACGAACUAAUGGAUGUUUAACGACACCUCAGCAUGAAAAACAAAUGGGUAUCAAACAAAUGUAAGUAUAUGUGUGUAUAUGAAAUACAAAAGAAAACAUCCAUCAAUAUAAUAAUAC